UGCAGGGAGCAGUAUUUGAUGGGAAAACGCGAGUUGACGUAUGUCAGUACGUACGCCUUCGCCUUACGGGGGUAAAUUUGGGGAUAAGAUGGACGAGCGUAGGUUUCCUUUGUUAUUGACGUAUUUUGAACAUACUUCAAGAAAAGUUGCCAUUCUGACCCAUACUCCUCACCAGUUGGUGGCGGCAACGCUCCACAUAGAUUUUGGUAACCGCAACUAUACAAAAGAAGAAGAGCUGUGUUUCACUAUCAUAGUCGCUCGUCUCUUGAGAGCUUUUCACAUGUUAUGGGGCUUUCGAAACAAUGGAAAUAGUGUUCAGCCUUGUGUCAUCAGCUGUCACAAAGGUUUUCCAGUUGUCCGAACUCAGCAGGAAUGGUAUGAGCACCAAGACGAUGGAGGAGAAAGCGUUAGACGUGUACGACGUGAUUCGAUCGAUCCGAGACCCAGAGAAGCCAAACACCCUGGAGGAGCUGGAGGUGGUGACAGAAAAAUGUGUGGAGCUUCAGGAGUUCAGUGAGGAUGAGUACCUCAUUAUAAUCAAGUUCUCUCCGACCGUCCCUCACUGCUCCCUGGCUACUCUUAUCGGCCUGUGCUUGCAAGUGAAGCUCCAGCGGUGUUUGCCUUUUAAGCACAAGUUGGAAAUUUAUAUUUUAGAAGGAACCCAUUCUACUGAAGAAGACAUUAACAAACAGAUUAAUGAUAAGGAGCGAAUAGCAGCUGCCAUGGAAAACCCCAACCUCAGAGAGAUUGUCGAGCAAUGUGUUGCUGAAACAGACGACUAAAAGAGGAAGCCCCACCUGCUUAAAGCAAAUAUUUUAAUCUGCUGUCUUUGUGUUUGUAAUGUUCCAAUGCCUGAAAUUGUUAGUAGCAUAAUUCCCUUUCAUCUGUUUGAAAGUAGAUGGACAAUACCUCUAGGCAGACGUUUCUAUUGUGUUUUUGGGAGGAGGGAGCACACACAAGGUUUGAUUUUGAGCUGUGGCCUUAACCGGGCAUGAUGGAAAGUAGAUAUAAAAUUACUGCUGUGUUAACUUUCUAAUCAUGUAGACAGCCUGGUGGUAAAAUGACAGUAGUUAUUUGUUUCCCUUUUAGUUCUGCUAAGAACCACAUACGAAACUGCAUUAGCUGUCAGCUAGAGAACAUGCUUCCUGUACUACUUCCAUCUGCCUCCCUCUUCCCUGUUUUCCAUCUAUCAUUCCUCUAGUUUGUGAUUCUGAGAAAGAUGUGCUACUGUUUGUCCUUUGUUAUGUUGAAACAGAAUUAGCUUGGAAAUGUUUUUCUUGUUCAAGCUGUUUUUGUAAAUGUGUUUAUUUUUGUGUUGACCAAGUUGAUUUUAAUCAAGUUCAUGUUUUAUUAAAAACAGUGACUUUAAAUAAAAUUGAAAAUGGCUCACUAUGUAUUUACAUCAGAACUAAAUGUUGAAACUCUUGCGGUGGGAGAAAAAUAGUAGAUGUAUUUUUCAAAGCUGGUUCGUCAAAAUAUUCUCCUUAUUUUGACUGUCUGGAUAUAACAGCACUUAAGUCACUAAAUGGUAUAAGUGUCUGGUCCCAAUCAAUGAAACAGUUUUUCCUCUGAUUUGCUGUUGAGCCCUGUAAGAGUGUUUUGUCUGAAUAAAAUUCUAAAAGGUA